AUGUCGAAAGCUUUCUCUCUUGCCGGCAUCCGCGUGGGAUGGAUCGCAUCGAGAGACCCUGGAAUCAUUGAGGCCGUCAAGAGUGCGCGGAACUACACGACCAUCAGCGUCUCGCAACUUGACGAUCAAGUGGCCGGCUAUGCUCUCUCGGAUGCGGUCAGACCAAACCUCAUCAAUAGAAACAUCGAGCUUGCCAGGACAAACCUUGAGAUCCUCGAGACCUUUAUCGAGAAGCACCAGUCUGUUUGCUCCUGGGUUAAGCCCACAGCCGGUACAACGGCAAUGAUUGGUUUUCGAAGAGGCGAUGAACCAGUUCGAGAUGACGAGUUCUGUCUUGAACUUCUCAAAGAGACUGGGGUUUUGAUCAUGCCUGGGUCUACCUGUUUUGGUGAGGGCGUUGACUUCAAGGGCCAAAUGCGCUUCGGUUACAAGUGCUGA